CUGCACCCGGCCGGUCCUUAUUGUGUCUGUGUGAAGUCAUAUGGGAGAGCCUGAGUCUACCAACUCUAACGUUUGAUUGUUUUUCCUGGACUCGUUUCAAAACAAGCAGUGACAUGGAGGUCAGCUUAGAGGCCAAGAGGAUCAUGGUCGUGGCUUUGGGGAAACUGUACAGCUCCCGCACCCAGCGAGGGGGUCUCCGUCUCCACCGGAGCCUCCUCCUGACUCUGGUAAUGAAAUCUGCCCGGGACAUGUACCAUGAGGCCCAGACGACGGCGGAAAGUGUUGCAUCAGGAUGUGAACAGCAGCAACAACAACCACCACAACAACAACAGUUCACGGGUGACGUGGGCACAGAGCCCACGGGCGCUCAAAUGGAGCCCACGGGUCCCGCUUCUCUUGCCACCGGAAAGCCUCGGACGUUACCCCGGGAGGAGGUCGUACGCCCCCCCGCAGAGAUUCGCCGCGACGCAGUAAACAAGGAGAAUUUGUGCCCGACUCAGCACUGCAGGAAAAGACGAGGGAAAGCGGCUGUUGAACCGGACUUUCUGCCUUGCAAGAAAGCUAAACUUGAGCAGCAGCUCCUUGUAAAUUCAGUUUUGCUGGACUAUGUGAACUGCAGCAGUGAACUGGGAGCGCACCCCACCCCCAUACCUCUACAGAGAGCCAUUGGAGCGUGUUGAAACCCUGCGCAGGAUAAAGGCAAUAAAGUUUCAACUCGGCCUGGGAGCCAGAACUCUACUACGGGGCCCUUCCAGGGUGGUUUGGGUGAAGACCCGGGAGCAUGUGUCCUGAAAGAACCAAACAUGACUGUGAACAAGCCUGGGCACGUUAAAGGAAUCAAGGAAGUAGGCCUAGUCCAGUUGGUGUGUAGUAGUCCCAGUGACUUUUGGCCUAGUUAUUGGCCAACGCUAAACAGUGGACUGGCUUCAGCUGACCAAAGGCAGAACUCAAACUGCCUCUGAGAACAUUUACAGCUCAGCAAAUGUAACAUGUGGUGAGCGUGGGGACCAGCGCUGUGAGAUGACAUGUGUUGAUGAAUUCAAGUGUAAAACAAUGACUACAACUACCUCAGUAUUUAUUAAAACAUGUUAUUGAA